GCCAUAUCGCGGGGGUGCGGCAUGGCGCAUGCAGCUGUGGGCCCAUGGAUUGGGCCGGGUAUCGACGCGCUCUACGCGGAGCGCGCCGUGUGGACCAUUGGCGACGUCCUGGAGGUCGAACUCUGGCACGAGCAGUUCGGGACUCUUGCGGGUCAAUAUUAUCAUUGGUGGAUAUUCCAGAGCCAGAAGGCGGAGAACCCAGGCCUGUUCAGGGCGACGGCGGGGAAAGGCGACGACGACGAGACGGUUUUCCGGGGCUGGGAGAUCACGCCGGUUUACAAGUGGCGCGUCUUGAACGGCAACGGGCUCGAGGCGGACCUCGCCGUCGUGGGCUGGCUCUCGCAGCAGCGGCGCAAGGACAUCCUGGACGAGUUGCGCGGCCGCCAUGCGGCCGCGGGGGCCCUGGGCAUGCGGGCCGCGGACGGCCCCGGGGACCAGGAGGCGCGCGGUUGGGACCAGGGUGGCGCUGCCCGACCAGUUCUCCUUGAUGGGCCCCUCGCGCCGGUGGGCGGCGUCGAAGGCGACUUGCGGCGCCUCGAAGCCAGCGUGGGACGGGGUCGCGACCCUACGCCUGCACGCCUCGGCGAGGAGCGCCGGGACCAUCAGGAGCGUCAGCGGCCCCAGGAGGGCGGCCGUCGCGCGAGGAGUUGCUCGCGGGCUCGCCGUUACGACGCGGGCCGCCGUUACGACGGCGCGGGCCGCCGCUACGACGACCAGGAGGAGGUCAGGGGCCGCUCGCGGAGCCGCCGGCCUGUGCAGCCACGGUCUCCCGAGGCUGCGCGCGUAGGAGCGCCGCGUGCACCUUUCGGGGCGCGCGCUGCAGCUACGGCGGCGGCGCAGGGUCGCAAGGAGCACCGGCGCCGUCACCGCGAUCGCCAGCGGCGGUCGGACACGCCUGGCAGGGACAGGCGGGCCAGGUCCCUCCAGCUGAUGGCGGACAAGGUGGGCAGGGAUGGGGAGGCGCACGCCUGGGAGAAGAACGACACCCCAGCGGCCGCCAGGUCUUACUACUUGCGCGUCCUGCAACCGCUGACGGGGGCAGGGCUGCGCAACAACAGGGAGAUGGCCACCUUGUGCGCGGCCCUCGACCACCUAGCACGGGGCCGGACCGCGUUUGCGGCGGAUGUCCUCACGAUGAGGUUGAAGGCGGUGGAAAUGGCCAGCCGGCACGGCAAUUGGGACCGCGCGCGAUUCUUGGAGCUCGUGGAAAAAGACGACACGACGCUAACGACCAUGGGGGAGGAGCAGAUGGCCACACAGGAGCUGGCGAUGCAGCGGAAGCUCGAAAGCCGGGGCAAGGGGCACGGCUUCGACAACGAGUGGCGGAACUCAGGGAACGCCUCCGGCAGCUCCGGCAAGGGGGCCAAGGACAAGAACGGCCGCCAGCACAAGGGCAUGGGGAAGGACGGGAAGGACAGGAAGGGGAGAGGUCGCGACAAUUCGGGGCUAUUUCUGCUCGCCAGAGCCACGCUGCACGCCCUGAAUUUCCUCGCGUGCGCCGGUUGGGCGCCAGUGCCGGCGUGCCUGGACGCGCCCCGUGCCCUCGGCGAGGGUCACCGCCGCACCCUCUCCCACGUGUGGGAGGCAGCGGAGGUCGCGUCGAGGCGGCGCGAGCUGGUCUGCAGCAAGGUCGUGCCAGCGUGGCCGGACCCUGGCAAGGCGUGCAUCCUACCGAUCGUCGACUACGUAUCGGAGGAACUCCGGGGCGACCUGCUAUGUCCGAGCAGGGUUGUUCGCGCCCGUAGGCGCGGAUGCCAUUUUCCGCGACGCCCGUGGGGGCUCGGCGUUGAAUGGGGCGACGGGGUGGACAAGGUCAAGCACGUGAAUGGCGUGAGGGUCGAGCUCUUGCGGUUCAUGUGCGUAUUCGUGCCCAUCAGUGCCUUCCUCCGGCGACUCCGCGGGGACAGCGGCCUCCUCCCUUAUAUCGGCCAGUUGGGGCUGGCCGCUUUGGAGGAGGACGAGGUCUUCUGGGUGGAUUCCGAAGACAUGGAAUCAUGUUUCAACGUUUUCUACAUGCCAGACGAGUGGUUGGGCAUGUUUGCCUUCGAGAAGCAGGUUCCGAUGAGCGCCCUCGGCGGCGACCCGAAUGUCAUGACCUACGUGGGCAUGCGGGCCGCGCCGAUGGGCUGGGUCGGCGCCGUGGACGUGAUGCAGUACAUGGCGCGGAAGUUAGUGUUCCAGACUGCUGCGGUUCCGCCGUUCUGCGAGCUGCGGAAAGAUACGGCGGUGCCCACGCAAGACAUAGCUAUCGCGUGCAUGGACGGCUACGAUCACCUUUCGAAGGUCAAGCUCCUCGUGGACGACAUUUCGGAGGCCCCCCCAGGCCGUUCUGGGCCCAUGGAACGCUUCGUCGCGGUCUGCGCAGCGCAAGGGGCCCCCCUCAAUGCGGGCAAAUCGCUCGUUCGCGGGCUGAGGGCCGGCAUCCGAGGCGGAGAGCUCGACGGGUUGCGCGGGCGUCUUAUGCACGGAAGGGAGAAGUCGCUGAAGUUCUGCACGAAGUCGCCGCUCUUUUCGGUCUUGCAGGACAUCUUCCCUUUCAUCAACAGCUUUGGGCCGGCGGAGGUGCCGCUGGCCCCCCCUGACUGCGUCGUCGACGAGGUCCUUCAUGGAGGGGCCCUCAUCCCGCUGGCCUUCAUGAACCUCCGCGCGAAGGCACCGAAGGUCGCGAGCACGUCCAACGCCUCGGAGAGCGGCGGCGACGCAGCUGAGGCCACCAGCUUCGUCUGCCCCCUGGCGCCGGGGCAAGCGGAGCGCCAGGAGGCGUGGGCUGCGGCGCUAGCAGAGGAGCCGGUCCUCGGCCAGGAGGCAG